AUGGCUGCUAAUCUAAUCAAGGAGAUCGUUAGCAGGAACAAGCGGCGGUAUCAGGAGGAUGGGUUUGACCUGGACCUCACUUAUAUCUAUCCCAACAUCAUUGCCAUGGGUUUUCCCGCUGAGCGACUUGAGGGCGUCUACAGGAACAAUAUCGAUGAUGUCGUUCGGUUCUUGGAUUCCAAGCACAAGAAUCACUAUAAGAUCUAUAACUUGUGUGCAGAGCGACACUAUGACACUUCGAAGUUCAGCUGUAGAGUGGCUCAGUAUCCAUUCGAAGACCACAACCCGCCACAGCUGGAGCUAAUCAAGCCAUUCUGUGAGGACUUGGAUCAGUGGCUUAGUGAAGAUGAGCAUCAUGUGGCUGCCAUCCACUGCAAGGCAGGAAAGGGCCGCACUGGAGUCAUGAUCUGUGCCUACUUGUUGCACCGAGGGAAGUUCCAGGAAGCUCAAGAGGCCCUAGAUUUCUAUGGAGAGGUCCGGACAAGAGACAAGAAGGGUGUGACCAUUCCCAGCCAGCGCCGCUACGUCAUCUACUACAACUUCCUGCUCAGGAACCGGCUGCACUACAGACCUGUGGCCCUGCUCUUCCACAAAAUGUUGUUCGAAACCAUCCCCAUGUUUACGGCUGGUACAUGCAACCCUCACUUCGUGGUCUACCAGCUAAAAGUGAAGAUCCACACCUACAACCCUGCUUAUACUCGCAGGGAGGACAAACUGAUGUUGUUUGAGUUCCCUCAGCCACUACCUGUCUGCGGAGACAUCAAGGUGGAGUUCUUUCACAAGCAGAACAAGAUGAUGAAGAAGGAAAAGAUGUUUCAUUUCUGGAUCAACACAUUCUUCAUCCCAGGGCCAGAGGAGUCCUCGGACAGACUGGAGAACGGUAGCUUUGCAACACUUCGAGAUCUUUCUGACAGAAUGUUUCAGAAUCCAGAAUUGAUGAUGGGGAGUGAGACCAACGACAGAGACUUCUUGGUUCUGACACUUGACAAGAAUGAGUUGGAUAAAGCCAAUAAGGAUAAAGCCAACAAGAACUUCUCCCCAAACUUUAAGGUCAAACUGUUUUUCACAAAGACUGUGGAGGAAGGAGCCAACUGUGACACGUGCAGUAUGUCGACCUCAGUGACCCCAGAUGUCAGCGACAACGAGCCGGAUCACUAUCGCUACUCGGACACUACAGACUCAGAUCCUGAGAACGAACCAUUUGAAGAUGAUCUCCAUAGUCAGAUCACAAAAGUCUGACACACACAGACACGCACAUAUUCAGUGUAAACGUGUACAUAAAUACACAAGGCCAGGAACACUGGAUGGAGACCAGUAUUGGACCAGAAGUCUGGGCCAGAAUUGAUCUGUGGACUUGGGGUCUAAAGAGCUUGGAUCAGAUAAUGACACCAAACGUAUUUUAUCUACUCGGUGCACAACCAAACAAUCAUGAUGGGGUGAUCAGUUGGAAGUGGCUGAGGCACAGAAUGGGACAUUUUAACAGAAACUGAGUAAAACUUGAAUCUCAGAAAGUCGGAGGUUUCCUUCAUUGAGGUAAACCUAACCUUUCCUAGAAUCUUUUAUUUCAUCUUUCUUUCUUUCCUCCAGAAGAAUGUUUUUGUUUUGAAAACAAAAAUAUUCUAACUUUGUUUCCAUUUCUGUCCUGUCUGAGUUCCGGCUUGGUUCUUCUCUCUGAGCAUUAAAUUCUUGUCAUGUCAGCUGCUUUCCUAUUGAAAUGUUUCUUUAAAUUGAUCAUAAUCCAAUCAAGAUCAGGAUCAAAAAAGAUUCAGAUGUGAACCCAGAUGCACAGAAGUUCCAGAAAUCCAGAAGUUUUAAAAUUAGAACAUUUGGUUGAGUUUGAUCCCAACGCUCUGGUAGGAAGCUUGAGGAGGUUCUGUUGAAGGAUGUAAAGCAGUCUAGAUCGCAGCAGGAUAUUGUAGUUUGCAGAUUUUCUGGCUAAUUGUUAACCAUUGGUUUAGAAUUUAUUUUACUAGUCAGAGCAAGAAAUCUUUAAGGUUAGCUUUGGAUUCUGAUCCUAAGAUGACAUAGUGUUGUGGAUUUCCAGCUCAGAUCGAUUCAAACCCUUGUGUUGGCACAAUAUGUGUUUGGAUUUCUUAGUUCAUAAGUGUCGGAUCCCCAGGACUCUGUAAUGGUAAUAAUUUAUGGGGUUCCAUGUGUCACUCAGAGGGAGUUUCCAACCCUGUUAAUGAAAUCUACUCCAAAUCAACUGGCAUUUUGUCAAUCAGCUGUUGGAGUCUGUCCAAUCCCAGGUAUAGGAAGUGUAUUCUGUUUUCCUCUAGCUUCUAUCUGUCAUUAACCUAAACAGCAAACAAGCUCAUCUCUCUAACCAUCCCUGUUCCGGAUGCUUCAGCCUUGUAAAUAUUCCUGAGCAUGUUCAAUCCAGCUAGAAAAGCUCUUCUGGUUGUUUGGCAGCUUUCUGUUAGUAUUAUGAACUUAUCAUAUAAGCUACAGAGCCUUCUGAAAAUGCAAUCCAGGUUUGGGAAGGAUCAUGAGGUCUUUAGAAUGACUGGUCUGAAACUGUUUAAGAAGGCUGUGCCCCAUCCCUCGGAGUGUCACUACAGCUAAGCUGGUUCUCUGUAAGGUUUCUGGUGCUAAAACAUUUCAGAAGGUUCAAUGAUAGAGCCUCCUAAUGGGCCAGAUUUGUCAAAUCAGAAGUGCUUCUGAUGUUUAAGGUAAGGUAAUUUUAUUUAUAUAGCACAUUUUCAACAAGGCAUUUCAAAGUUCUUAACUUAGAUUUUUUUUUAUGUUUAAUGUUUGUUCAAACUGAGAUAAUGUAAUCUAGACAGCAAGUUUAAAUUUUUCUGAAGCUACUUAGAGAUGUUCCAGUUUAGAUCCUGACUCUGGUCAGUUUUUUCCUCCUCUAGUUUUCCAUAUUUUUUUUCCUCUUAUGUUGCAUUAGCGCUGUAACUCUAUUUGCUAUGCACAGUCUUCAGAUUGGAUCACACGGAAACUGACUUAGCUGGAGCGUAUCUGACAAUGAAGGACUCUUGACUCUUAGUUCAGAUCCGUGAAAACUCUGAAGUUGUCUAAUUGGAGAAGUUUCACUGGUCAUGAAACUUCGCCAUUUGGACUUAAAUCAAGUCCAUGGGGUGAAAGCUGAAGCUCUGAUCACAUAUUGGAGUGGUAGAACCUUGUAGAACAUUCUCUCUCACGGUCAGAUACAGUCUCUUUCAAAAUGGACAGUAAGGCAAAUUGCAUUGUUUUUGUUGAACAAUGAAGACAUUUGGGUUUAACAUCAAAACAUGAGCAUGACAGAAGAGUUCAGAAUGUCACCUUUUACUUCCUGGUUUGUACAUGUAGAUGUGUUAAACAACUCAACACAUACCACCCUUUCUUUGAAUCCACCCAUUUUUCAAAUGAGCCAAACUAUUGGAACACGUGAUUGAAAGGUGUUCCUUGUUGACCAGGUGUUGCCUUUAACGUUGAUUGUUCAAACAUUUAAAUAGCUCUGCUUGACUAGUCUACUUUUUGGCUUAUGCUUAAACCUAUUAGCUAGGAGUUUCUUGUUGAAGAGGAUAAACCAACAUGAAGACCAGAGAGCUGUCUAUGGGAGAAAAACAAGCCAUUUUGAAGCUGAGAAAAGAAGGGGAAUGAAUCAGGCCCAUUGGCCAAACAAUGGACAUAGCAAGCACAACAAUUGGAAUGUUCUGAAUAAGAAAAAAACUACUGAGCAACAGACGGCAAACAGGCCGGCUAAGGAAAACAGCAGUAGCCGAUGACAGAAAUAUUGGAAGAGCUGUGAAGAAAAAUCCCAAAACAUCAAUAAGUGACAUCACUAACGACCCCACAGUGCAGGGCUGAACAUAUCACAAUCCACUGUUCAAAGAAGACUCAGAGAGCAGAAAUAUAGAGACUAUACCCAAAGAUGCAAACCACUUAUAAGUAGUAAGAAUCAGAAGGCCAGAUUGAAAUUUGCAAAGAAGUACAGAGAUGAGCCAGAAAAGUUCUGGUACACAAUCUUAUGGACUGAUGAAACCAAGAUUAAUCUCUACCAAAGUGAUGGAAAUGCCAAAGUUUGGAGAAAGAAAAGAGCUGCUUUGGAUUCAAAGCACACAAGGUCAUCUGUGAAGGAUGGUGGAGGUAAUGUCAUGGCUGCUUCUGGAACAGGCUCAUUAUUUUUUAUUGAUGUAAGUGAUGGUGGUAGCAGCAGAAUUAAUUCAGAAGUGUACAGAAACAUUUGUGUGCCAAUUUAUAGGGAAAUGCAUCCAAACUAAUUGGGAGAAAUUUUAUCAUGCAGCAGGACGAUGACCCAAAACACACAUCCAGCAAAACAAAGAACUUCAACAGAGGAAAAAAAUGGAAGGUUUUAGACUGGCCAAGUCAAUCACCUGACCUUAACUCAAAAGAGAAUGCAGUUCACCUCCUGAAAUGUUUGAUUUGGGGAAGGAACCCUCCGAAACAAACAAGAACUGAGAGAAGCUGCGGUAAAAGCCUGGAAUAGCAUCACAAACGUAGAAUGCAACAGCUGGUGAUGUCAAUAGGUCGAAGGCUUGAGGCACUCAUUACAAAUAAAGGUUAUGCCACCAAAUAUUAAAUACUAUUUACUUUAAGUUUCUUUGUUCUUCUGCUCACCUAAAAAUGCUGUGGUGCAACACAAAUAGUGAGAUAUCCAAAUGUGCUUACCACAUCUACUGUAAAAACCAGGAAGUAAAAGUUGACUUUCUGAACUCUAGUCAUGCUCAUGUUUUGAUGUUGAACCCAAAUGUCUUCAAAGCAAUUUGCCUUGCUGUUCCAAUACUUUUGAAGGGGACUGAAAAUUUUCUGUCUGGUGUUGGUAAGGGUUCAAUAUGUCAAAUGAAGGCUUAUGAAAACAGAGAACUGGCAACUGGGCAAAAAUUGUUAGGUUUCUGAGAGCUGUUGAAGUUUUUCCAACAGUCUUCCAAAUUCCUAAUCCUGUAUCAAUGAGGAAGCAUUCCAUAUUGAUUCUUGGAGCUUUUUUUCCCCUCCAAAACUUAAUGGGUUAGGGUUAAUAUAAUCUUAAUGGGGGAUUUGGACUUUGUAAGGGAAACUGCCUGGCACUAGGAGUUAAGGCAGAAUUAGCUAAAUCAGAACAUUGACCAGCUGCUCAUUUUCUGACAAGCGUCAGGUGGAUGAAUUUAUGGCCUUUCCUGAAGGUGCUGAUAUCCUAAAGUGUUUCAGAACUGAUCCUCGGAUAAGAUGCUCCAAUGUUUAGAUUUGUUGAGUAAGAAUUGGAACCAGCAAGGUGUUCAAUUGGAAGCACAAUCCUGUUGAACUCCCUGUAUGAAUAGCGACGAGCUCCAAGAUAACGCCUCUGCUUGUUCUGGAUCUUCAGCCCAUCUCAUUGGGUUUCAGAUGCUAAGCUGCAGCUCAUUCAGGAAGUUCACAUGUCAGAGGCGGGUUGAUUCCUGCUCCGAAAAGUGGGUUCUGGACUUUUGAAAUGGGUUUUUAGUGGACUACAUGGAUCAGAGGUAUUAACGGUCAAAUCAACUGAGGGUCAUUUGACUUUGACAGACCAGGAGACAGAAUCAUGUCUUAUAAGACAUUAUAUAUCACAUUGCUCAUGUUUGAAUCAAAACUACAGUAGGUUUUGAUUUGACCAUUUGGGUUCCAUUUCAAUCUCCAUUCCCAUCAACAAAAAGCUCACUUGGAUGUUUGUGUGAUUUUGGGUUGAAGUGGUCAUUGGUUGUCCAGUCAGUAAUUUUUGUUCAGCUGAUUAGCAAAAUGUUGUUCGUAUGUUGGUGCUUGAACCUGUACAUUUCAUGACAUCAGUGUUCAAUUUUAGUGGAAUAUCUGAUUCUGCUACUCAGUGGAUAUUUUAAGUUCCAAACAAUAAAAACCUUCAAUCACAACUGUAGACUGUUCCUGUAGAAUGGUUGUCAGUAACACAUUGACAACUUCUGAGUUGUGGAACCAUCAGCUUCAAAAGAUGUUUGUAAAUGUUUUUUUUUUCAGUCAGAAGUCAAACAGGAGAGUUGCUGCGACACUUUGAGUUGUUACCAUACACAUACAUUAAUACACACACAUUAUUCUGACCCCUCCCCUCUUUUAUCUGCCGCUACCCAUUUUAUAAUGGAAAAAAACAAAAAACACUGUAAAGUGAAUAAACUAUUUAUAAACAGCCA